AAUGAGUGGAAUUUUAGAAGAUGCAGCACAGUGAACAAUAUCUUUGAAGAAAAUUUGACCAAUACAGAUCUACCUGUCGGAUAUCUACAUUUGCAUUUAUUUGAUGAGCCAGCUGGUGUUACAUGCAAAUAUGCCGACAAUGAUCACUGCGCGCCGCUGUGUUCCCUUCACUCCGUGUUAGGAGGUUAGCCAGUUCAUUGCCUUGCGUGUAGUGGUCUUCGCUAGCGUAUGUUUUCAUGUGCUGGGGUUAUUUAGACAACUCAUCCUGUAUUGAUUAAACAUUUAUUUACUGUUGUUUAGAAAUAAAGGAUUUCUCUACGUCGAUUUUCAUAGCCAAGUUUUUAUUUCUUCUUGAUAUUAAAUGAAGCAACAUUUCAGUUUGGCUAAAUUGCCUAAAUCUAAAAGGGUUGCCAUGCUGUGUGAGUGUGUACUGCUGGUGUUUCUUUGCCACGUACAAAUGUUAGGUUGUGAAAAAAUUUUAGGGGAGGAAAAUUCUGAGUUUGAUUUCGACGGUUUGCCAGGAGCACAGCAUGAAUUUAAAGUAUACAUCCCGGGUCAAACUGAGGACUGCUUUUUUCAACCUGUUGCCCAGGGAGCCAAUUUUCACGUCAAUUUCGAGGUGAGUCCCACUGUAGUUAGGUGCCUGUCUAAAGAGGCCAAAUCAAGUUAGGCUACUCCGAAUAACCUAUUUGACAGGAGUCACUGGCACUUGUUUUUUUAUUAUUAUUUUUUUUUUUUUUUAAAUGAUGUAUUUAUUUUAUUUAUUUAUUAUUUUCUUACAUUUUCAUUAAUUGUUUAAAACCUACUUUAAAAUGAUAACUAAUACCUAUUUGACAGGAGUCACUGGCACUUGUUUUUUUAUUAUUAUUUUUUUUUUUUUUAAAUGAUGUAUUUAUUUUAUUUAUUUAUUAUUUUCUUACAUUUUCAUUAAUUGUUGAAAACCUACUUUAAAAGGAUAACUAAGGGUAUUCGUAGUCGUAGGGAUUGUAGUUUUAUUGUAGAGAUAGAAAGAUGGACAGUGGCUACAACAAAAAUGAAACAUUUAUUGUUAUUUGUAAAUAAGCUUAAAAUUAAAAGUAAAUAAUUAGUGGCUUAAAUUAUGGCUUAAACUUAAAUAUAAAAUUUACAUUCUGACAGUUGUGCGCACAAACUUCAACAGUACAGACCCUCAACUCUACUACAGAAAUGUGCGCCUUUUUGGCAACUGAUAAAUAAAUAAAUGUUCCCUUGAAAAUCUUCAUUAGAUCAGAGUGACUAGUGACAUUUUUUCAUAUGUAGGCCUAUAAUUAAUAAAUGUAUAAUGUUUAAUAUGAUUAUAAUAUUAUUUGUAUGAUCUUUGACUUUGUCGGAAAAAAAUAAAAUAUUGAACACUUAUUAAUUAUUAUUUUUAAUUAACAGCCAAACAUUAAGAAAAGUAAAGAAAUUACUAAAAUUUAACGAGUACAAUAAAAUAAUUUUUUUAUAAUUUAGUUUGGAUAGAUAUUAUAAUAUAAGGGCUCAAUUAGAAUAUGUAUAGGCUAAUAAUAAUAAUAAUACUUUUAUUAAAAGGAAUUUGAAGAAUAUUUUUAAAAAGACACUUCAUUAUGACCUGCCGACCUGCCUACUUGCCUGAGAACAAUUGAAAUGUCACGCUUGAUUGAUCCAACUGCAAAAAUAAAACUCUGCAUUCUGCAUGAAGGCUAUUCUUCAGAUUAUACCUGAGAUAAAAUCAUUAACAGUGGAGCCACUGUCUUCAUCAUUAAUCUCUUCAUGAAUAAUGGAUGAAUGCUGAAUUUUACUUGUAUAGAAUGGAGUUUGUGUUAGUAGGAAUAAUUUUAAAAAAUAAUCUGUUCUCAGCCUCAAAUAUAAUGAUGAAAUUACAACAAAAAAAAUUACUAGAUGUGGACUGGACCUUUACUAAACUAACAUUAGCGGAAGAGGUGUAAAUAAAUUAUUUUUUAGAAGUGGAGUUACCUCUCAUUGAAGAAAAAAAAAAUUAAGUUCAAGUAAGUCCACCAAAAGUUAUUGUAUGAAUCACUAACACUUAAGUUUGUCAAUUUUAGUUAGUAUGAAAGGUUAAAUGUUAAGCCAUGGUCAAUGAUGGUCUGCUCAAGAUUAAUCCAUGGUAAGACAAAUGUUUUAACCAUCAUCAGAUGUAGGUUACUCUAAAGUCAAACAAUGUUUAAUCCAUUAUCCAGGGACUAAUGAUCAUCUAUAGUCAGAUUAAAAUUACAUUCACUGAUCUUAGAUAUAUAAUUAAUGUUAAUUUUAUUUUGCUAAAUUUUCCUAUGACUGUUUCAAAGCCUGAAUUAAAAAGAAUUAUGCCGCAGAAUAAACAUGUGGGAUUCUACCUGAGAUAAGAAAUGAACAUCUUGUCACUUAUGUAUUGUUAAUAAGGCCAAACCCAGUGAUGAUCUUUCUACUGAAGCCUAAGUGAUGAACUGAGUACUUGAGACUAAGUGAUGAACUGGGUACUUGAGACUUUGUGAUGAAAUGAGUACUUGAGACUAAGUGAUGAACUGAGUACUUGAGACUAAGUGAUUGAACUGGGUACUUGAGACUAAGUGAUGAACUGAGUACUUGAGACUAUGUGAUGAACUUAGUACUUGAGACUAAGUGAUUGAACUGGGUACUUGAGACUAAGUGAUGAACUGAGUACUUGAGACUAAGUGAUUGAACUGGGUACUUGAGACUAAGUGAUGAACUGAGUACUUGAGACUAAGUGAUUGAACUGGGUACUUGAGACUAAGUCAUGAACUGGGUACUUGAGACCAAGUCAUGAACUGGAUACUUGAGACCAAGUGAUGAAUUGGGUACUUGAGACUAAGUGAUGAACUGGAUACUUGAGACUAAGUGAUGAACUGGGUACUUGAGACUAAGUGAUGAACUGGAUACUUGAGACUAAGUGAUAACUGGGUACUUGAGACCAAGUGAUGAACUGGGUACUUGAGACUAAGUCAUGAACUGGGUACUUGAGACCAAGUCAUGAACUGGAUACUUGAGACCAAGUGAUGAACUGGGUACUUGAGACUAAGUGAUGAACUGGGUACUUGAGACUAAGUGAUGAACUGGGUACUUGAGACCAAGUCAUGAACUGGAUAAUUGAGACCAAGUGAUGAACUGGGUACUUGAGACUAAGUGAUGAACUGGAUACUUGAGACUAAGUGAUGAACUGGGUACUUGAGACUAAGUGAUGAACUGGAUACUUGAGACUAAGUGAUGAACUGGGUACUUGAGACUAAGUGAUUAACCUUUCACCCCAAAAAAAGCUGGAAAUUAAAAGUUACAAAAACUAAUUAAGAAUUAUUUUGUGUGUGUCUUCCCAGGUUUUGAAAGGAGGAGAAAAUAAAGUUGAUUUUUACAUUAGAGAUCAGCAAUGGAAUGUUAUGGAAUACCAGAAUUUUCAAACCAGUGGUUCUUUUAGCAAGGACAAUGUGGAUGCAGGUCAGUAAACUGUGAUGAGGAAUUGAUAUAAUUCAGGUUUAUUCACAUAUGGAUAUAAUCUAUUGUCAUCUAUUGGUUACCUCAGAAACUCUUAAAAUUGAAUGCAGGACAGGUUUUUUAGAAAAUAAAUAUGUCUCAGUUGGAGGCAUUUAAAAAUAACUUUGUUAAAGCAUGAGAAAAAAAAUUAUCUUAAAUUGCAUCAGUAAUUUAACAAGUAACAAAAAAGGGCUGAAACAUUUUAGCAGGAAUGAAGGCAAGGGGACUAGGCCGACUCUAUCUCAACGUCAACCUACAAGUACUAUUAAGAGACUUUCUAUUAUUUGUGUAAAGCUUGUAUAUCUCCUUGUUGUUAAAUAUUGUUUUACUUGUUAAGUAAUGUUAAGAUAAGCAUGUUAAUUUUUUUUAACAUUCUUUUUAUGACUAGCAAAAAUCUAGUCUUGUAUUAGACUUAUUUAAAGAACUACAAACACUGAUGGUAUGUAACUGCGACUUAUCAUUUUAUUGCAAUAAAAAAUUACGUUUUAUUAAAUUUGUGCCCAAGAAGUGAUAAACGGGGAUGUGAGAAAACAGAAACUGUAAGAUAAUUUACAUUUUACGGUACUUAAAAUAUGAAUAUAUUGUAGCUUUAACAUGAGCACUACAAAUAUAUUCAAUUCAUUUACUGCCAGAUGUUAAAUAAAAACAACUCACAUCUCAUGAAAUGUGUGCUGCCCUCUUUAUACCAACCCACCUCCCAUGGGUCUAAAACCUCAGCAUCAUGAAUAUGGAUAUAAUAUUGGUUUGUUAAUAAAAUUCAAUAUCUGUUUUAAAUUUACAUUAUAACUUAUUAUGGCUUUGAUAGUGGAUAUUUACAGCUAGGCCUACCCAUGCUUUGUGUAUUGAUAAUCUGAACAUCUCCAGGUACAUAUGCCUUUUGUAUUGAUAAUCUGAACAUCUCCAGGUACAUAUGCCUUUUGUAAUGAUAAUCUGAACAUCCCCAGGUACCUAUGCCAUUUGUAUUGAUAACGCCUUCAGUAGAUUUGGCAAUAAACUGGUCUACAUCUACAUUGUGACGUUUGUCAUGCAUGAGUGGGUUGCUUUCCAACAAGAACUUGGGGAGGUCCAAUUGUUGGCUGUCAAUUUUUCUGUAUGUACAACAUUAUUGACAUAGUGGCUUGGGACGUGUGUUGGUGGAGGAGUUGAGACAAGUGGAUUGGGAGGUGUGUUGGGGAAGGAGUUGGGACAGGUGGAUUGGGAGGUGUGUUGGGGGAGUAGCUGGGACAGGUGGAUUGGGAGGUGUGUUGGUGGAGGAGCUAGGUCAGGUGGAUUGGGAGGUGUGUUGGGGGAGUAGCUGGGACAGGUGGAUUGGGAGGUAUGUUGGGGGAGUAGCUGGGACAGGUGGAUUGGGAGGUGUGUUGGGGGAGUAGCUGGGACAGGUGGAUUGGGAGGUGUGUUGGGGGAGGAGCUGGGACAGGUGGAUUGGGAGUUGUGUUGGGGGAGGAGCUGGGACAGGUGGAUUGGGAGGUGGGGAGGAGUUUGGACAGCUGGAUUGGGAGGUGUGUUGGGGGAGGAGCUGGGACAAGUAUGUUGGGGCAGGUGUGUUGGGGGAGAAGCUUGGAUACAGAAGUCAUAACUUGAAGCAGAUUAUAGAUAUUUAUUAUUUUUUAAAACUAUAAAUUCUUUACACCGAAUUGAAAUGUAUUUUAAAUUAAUAACAGUGGCAAAUCUAUUUAUGGUGUGUUUUAAUUGCUUAAGGCACAAGAAAGGUUAAAUAAAAUCAAUAGAGAUUUAGGGAGAUUUCUUAUUUAUUUAUUGGUUGGUCUCAGUUAAUUGCACCAGUAAUAAUCUCCUAAAUAUAGAUAGGUACCACGGCAUUAAAAUGUGUGACCUCUUGAUUUAUCAUGCGGAAAUCAUUAACGACACCGCUAAUAAGCAUGAGGAAUGAGAAUAAAAUAAAUCAAAUUUGUUCCCUAUGAUAUUAAUUAUUUUAUUGAUAGUGAACUUCAAGUUACCUCAAUUUUUUCUUUAAUCUAAUAUGUACUUUUUGAAACAUUGGCAAUUGACCUCAUUACCAAAUAUAUUUGCAUUUUUUUUAAUAUACUUCCUAAGUAGUCCCUGGUAGCAUUUCUGUGUUAGGCUUAGCCACUGCUGUCAAACCCUGGUAACAUUUCUGUGAUAGGCUUAGACACUCAUGUCAAACCCUGGUAACAUUUCUGUGUUGGGCUUACAUACUCCUGUCAAACCCUGGUAACAUUCCUGUGUUAGGCUUAGACACUCCUGUCAAACCCUGGUAACAUUUCUGUGUUGGACUUACAUACUCCUGUCAAACCCUGGUAACAUUCCUGUUUUAGGCUUAGACACUCCUGUCAAACCUUGGUAACAUUUCUGUGUUGGGCUUAGACACUCCUGUCAAACCCUGGUAACAUUUCUCUGUUGGGCUUAGACACUCCUGUCAAAUUCAUAAUGUGAAGCUAAGUUUUCUUUUUAUCUGAUUUUCUUGUGUUUUGUAAUGUUGUAUUCCCAGAGGAUGGUAUUCAACCUCAAGUUUUUUUUUUUAUUAUCUUGUUUUGUUAUACAUGUUGUAACAAGCCAUGUCCUUCAUAUGAAAAGAUGCGUUCUUUUAUGUUUCAACAGACAUCCCUAACAAGUGUACAAGAAUCUGUCGAGUCCAUGAUUAAUUCACAGACAAAAGCCAGGUACAAGAUAGUUUUUACUUGGUAGCAGCUGGCUGUGUUUUGAUUUCAUUUAGCAUCCAAAGAACUGUGUCAUCUAUCAAUGUUCAUUUCAUUUGACUAAACAACUCAGAGAUACAUUUCUUGAUAUAAUUCCUGACUGACAACAAAUUAAAACUCAUCAAGAUUUUUUUUAAUUAAGCAUCAUUAUCAACACCAUUGGGGCAUCAAGAAUCUCACUCUAUUUUGCUCUGUUGCAUUGGCCCUUUUAAUUUCACUCCAUUGCGCCCUGUCUGCUGAGACCCUGUGAAUGUCACUCUGGUGGCCAUCUAUAUACUACAUAUGCAAAAAAAUCAAAUUUUUUUAUCCCCUCCCUUAGCCCCCUGUUGCACAUGCACAUUUUUUAUACUUCCCCCCCCCCUCACCUGUCCCUAAGUGUACAAUGAUCUUAUAUGUAUAAAAAGUGAAACUUACAAAAAUGAUGAUUCUCUAUUUCUGCUGAUUUUUUGUUUUCCUGCCAGAGAACACCCCCCCCCCCACCCCCUUCUUUUUUUUUUUUUUUUUNNNNCUUUUUUUUUUUUUUUUUAAAUUUCACAAAUUUGUCACAUAAAUUAUAUACAUGUGGCAUACUUUCACACUCAAUUUCAGAUUUGUGGGGAGCUUCCCCUCCCCCACCGAAAAAAACCCAACAACCCCACUUCCCCUAUAUGUCUAACAUUGUUUAAGAUAGCUUCAAAUGUGAAUGGUGGACUAAAUAUCACUGUUUAACCAAAUGAUUUGUGUAAUAUCAAGCAUGAAAACACUAAGCAGUGGCAUGACACUAAGCAGUGGAAUGACACUAGGAAGUGGCAUGACACUAAGCAGUGGAAUAACACUAAACAAUGGUAUGACACUAUGCAAUGACAUGACACUAAGCAGUGGAAUAAAACUAAGCAAUGGAAUAACAUUAAGCAAUGGAAUGACACUAAGCAAUGGAAUGACACUGAGCAAUAGAAUUACACUAAGCAAUGGAAUAACACUAAGCAAAAGAAUUACACUAAGCAAUGGAAUGACACUAAGCAAUGGUAUGACACUAAGCAAUGGUGUGACACUAAGCAAUGGAAUGACACUAAGCAAUGGAAUGACACUAAACAAUGGUAUGACACUAAAGCAAUGACAUGACACUAAGCAGUGGAAUGACACUAAUCAAUGGUAUGAAACUAAGCAAUAGUGUGACACUAAGCAAUGGAAUGACACUAAGCAAUGGAAUGACACUAAGCAAUGGAUUGACACUAAACAAUGGAAUGACACUAAGCAAUGGAAUGACACUAAACAAUGGUAUGACACUAAGCAAUGGUAUGCACUAGGCAAUGGAAUGACACUAUAAGCAGUUUUAUGACACUAAGCAAUGGAAUGACACUAAGCAAUGGAAUGACACUAAGCAAUAGUAUGAUACUAAGCAAUGGAUUGACACUAAGCAAUGAAUGACACUUAGCAAUGGAAUGACACUAAGCAAUGGAAUGAGACUAAGCAAUGGUAUGACACUAAGCAAUGGUAUGACACUAAGCAAUGGAAUGACACUAAGCAAUGGUAUGACACUAAGCAAUGGAAUGACACUAAGCAAUGGAAUGACACUAAACAAUGGUAUGACACUAAGCAAUGGUAUGCACUAGGCAAUGGAAUGACACUAUAAGCAAUUUUAUGACACUAAGCAAUGGAAUGACACUAAGCAAUGGAAUGACACUAAGCAAUGGAAUGACACUAAGCAAUAGUAUGAUACUAAGCAAUGGAUUGACACUAAGCAAUGAAUGACACUUAGCAAUGGAAUGACACUAAGCAAUGGAAUGACACUAAGCAAAGGUAUGAAGACAAUAUUACAAACAAGUAUUUUAUAUUUUUAUUGCAUCGGAGAUAUAAAUAGGCUAUUUAUGGACAGUUCGAAUUUUUAGGACAAUUAUUGCAGAAUUAUUAUUUUUUUGUAUGAAUAAAUGUAUGUACUUACUUUUGAGACCCCCCCCCCCACCUUUUUUCCCUGAAGUUGCCCUAAAAUCGCUCUAUUUUGCUUUGUCUAACAUGGUUCUCUUAAUGUCAUUUAUCCUGAAAAUUUAACGAUGAUAUUGUGUCCAGUCCACUGCGAUGUCUAUUUCAUGAUAUUAUGUCCAGUCCACUUCGAUGUCAAUUUCUUGUUUGUGUGUCCAGUCCACUUCCAUUUUAUGAUUGUGUUUCCAGGCUACUUCCAUUUGAUGAGGUCCUUUAUCUUGAGCUAGAGUCUAUGCCAACAUAUUAGUAUUAGAAUUAAUUUUGUUAGUGAUGACUAAGGUUACAUAGAAGGAAAUAACCAAAACAAAGUACGGGUAUUGGAAAACCUGAUAAAAGGAUGCACCAAAGCUGUGAAUGUGUCGGCAAGAAGCCUUCUUCAGCAAACAAACAAUUAUUAAAACAAUAGAAGCAUGAACACUUAACUGCAAUGUAAUAAAUUUGUCAUCUUCUCCUGUCCUUAUCUUUGAUGCUGUCCUUAUCUUUGAUGCUGUCCUUAUCUGUGAUGCUGUCCUUAUCUGUGAUGCUGUCCUUAUCUUUGAUGCUGUCCUUAUCUUUGAUGCUGUCCUUAUCUGUGAUGCUGUCCUUAUCUUUGAUGCUGUCCUUAUCUUUGAUGCUGUCCUUAUCUUUGAUGCUGUCCUUAUCUUUGAUGCUGUCCUUAUCUUUGAUGCUGUCCUUAUCUGUGAUGCUGUCCUUAUCUUUGAUGCUGUCCUUAUCUUUGAUGCUGUUCUUAUCUUUGAUGCUGUUCUUAUCUUUGAUGCUGUUCUUAUCUUUGAUGCUGUUCUUAUUUGAUGCUGUCCUCAUCUUUGAUGCUGUCCUUACAAUCUAGUUUGUAUUUCCUCUGUUCCCAGAUUUAAUGUGGUGAAAGAUUGGUACCUGUCGAAUGAAAACAACCGCUAUAUUAAAGUUUGGUCCAUAGCACAAUGUGUACUUAUUGUAGUGGCAGCUGUUACACAGGUUAGUACUGCAGUGAGUUGUUGUAGUUGUUAAACAUGUGCAGCCACAUGAGCCUACCUAACUGAUGGUACUACCUAACUGAUGGUACUACUACCUAACUGAUGGUACUAACUUACUUAUUGUACUACCUAACUGAUGGCACUACCUAACUGAUGGUACUAACUUACUUAUUGUACUACCCAACUGAUGGCACUACCUAACUAAUGGUACUACCUAACUGAUGGUACUACCUAACUGAUGGUACUAAUUUACUGAUGGUACUAACUUACUGAUGGUACUACCUAACUGAUGGUACAACCUAACUGAUGGUACUACCUAACUGAUGGUACUUAAUUACUGAUGGUACUAACUUACUUGCACAUCAUUAAAUAUUGUUAAGGUUUUUGGUAUAACCAGACCUGCCAAUCAAGUUGUUGGUAGAACUAGACCUGCCAAUCAAGUUGUUGGUAGAACUAGACCUGCCAAUCAAGUUGUUGGUAGAACUAGACCUGCCAAUCAAGUUGUUGGUAGAACUAGACCUGCCAAUCAAGUUGUUGGUAGAACUAGACCUGCCAAUCAAGUUGUUGGUAGAACUAGACCUGCCAAUCAAGUUGUUGGUAGAACUAGACCUGCCAAUCAAGUUGCUGGUAGAACUAGACCUGCCAAUCAAGUUGUUGGUAGAACUAGACCUGCCAAUCAAGUCCCAUUGUUGGAAGUAUUUUCCUUUUAGUUGGAAAAUAUUUUUUAAUUGGGCUGUUAAAUAAAUAAACUAUUUAUUUGCCUUAUUUCAUAAAAUUAAAAAGAACUCAAAAGGAAAUGUUAAUUAGGAAUCACUUUUGAACAAAUCUUUGAUUGCCUGACCAAUGUUACUUGGGAAUCACUUUUGAACAAAUCUUUGAUGUCUGACCAAUGUUACUUGGGAAUCACUUUUGAACAAAUCUUUGAUGUCUGAUCAAUGUUACUUGGGAAUCACUUUUGAACAAAUCUUUGAUUUCCUGACCGAUGUAAAUUGGAAAUACUUUUGAACAAAUCUUUGAUUGCCUGACCGAUGUAAAUUGGGAAUCACUUUUGAACAAAUCUUUGACUGCCUGACCAAGCUAAUCAUGGUAUUUUUGUUCUGUUUUAUUGCCUUCUCUUUAGUCAACUUUAGUGUUUUAGUUUGGAUUAUUGUAAGUAAACCUUUAAGGACAAAUAGGGGUAUUUGUUAUAUUUUACUUACUUUUCUUUAGUGUCCUGGGUAAUUAAAGAAAAAAAGACAGACAAAAAUUGAGAGAGCAAAACUUCCAAUAAAUUCAUGAAGCACUCACUUUUCACAAUUUCCUCAAUUUUGGGAGGAUAAAAUUGUAAUUUUUAAAAUAAUAUUUUCAUGUUAAAGGUGUAAAAAGGUUUAAAAAGGUUUAAAAUACUAAAAUUUAGUACAGGUAGGCAGGUCUGACAUGAAAUAAUUUAACAAAGUAAAAAUGUCUUUAGGGAUGUUUAAAAAAUUUAAGUCCAAAUUUUUAACAUUAUUAUUAUUUCUUAAUCUGAGUCAAUAACCUUUCAUAAAAGCUCACAUUAUGUUGUAAACUUUUAUAUUAUUUUUAAGUAGCAAUUUUUUAUUCUCCAAGGUCAAGAAGAAAUGAAUAUUUUGCUUUUUCUAAAAACUCUCUACUUAGUAUGAUUAAUUGAUUUGUAGAUUUUUCCCACAAAAAAAAAAAAAAAGAUUAUUUAAAUAUUAAAAGUGAAUUUUAAAUAACCAGUGGCAAAAAAAUGACUUACCAGCUCCCCUUCCAUAUCCGUCAUUGUGAAACCUCGUCCAUUUUCAAAAAGUCCCUUAAAACUCAUCUGUUUAGGUCCGCCUAUGAGCUGUGAUGCACCGUCCUUGCCCUGCCUCAUUUUCUGUUUCGGGUUGAUCCUGAAGUGUCAAAGUGUCCUCGUUGUAUAGCCAUUUUCAUUGUUUCUAUAGCAUAGUAGUUACUAUCCUAGUGUCUCAUUUUUAUUUUACUUAGUUUACAUGUUUUUAAUAAUUGUAAAGCGCUUAGAGCUUUAUGGUAAGCGCUAUAUAAAAAUGCCUAAAUAAAUAAAUAAAUAAAUUUAAUCUGUUUACUUCAGGUUUAUUCUGUACGCCGUCUAUUCAGGACAACAAAUGUUACUCCUACAACCUCCAAGCCGAGAGCAUAGCAUCUUCAAGUCAAUUUUUAUGUUCUGUAACAUCUAUUAAUUCAUCUAUGAGUUUUAUAAGUUACUUGUUUGAAGUAUGGAAGGAAACUAUUACUACUAUACAACUCAGUCUUUGCAAUCAAAAUUUAAAAAAAAUUAUAACUCAAAAAAUUCUACAUUUAUUUUCUGCACAAAUAUUCUAUAACCCUAUUGUGAUUCUAAAAUUAAUGUGACCAAACAAAGAUUUAUUUUAUUUUAAUUUGCAGCACUUGUCUUCUAGUAUUGAAAAUCAAACAUUUUAAAUGUGUUCAGCUAUCAUGGCUGUUAAUUUAAUUCUCCCUGUUACAAAAAUAAGACAGUGUUUGAAUGAGUAAAAGUGUAACAGCAUCACCAGUCAUAAUUCAUAUUAUGAUUGUUGGUGUUAAGAUACUUUUUUAAAUUAUUUAUUUUUUUGGGUCAUAGUGCUAAAAGGACUAGUCCUUUAAAAUAUCUGUGAUCUUUUGCUCACAAUCAAAUGUUUGAACUUUUCCAACCAAGAGACACAUAAUUAUAAAGGCUUGCAAGUAAAGCAACUGAAUCAAUUAUAUAUUAAACAACUCAAUUAAUUUUAUAAUUACCAAUCAUCAAAAUUCUAUUUUGCUUUACAUCAAAAAAUGUUGGAAACUGUUUUUUAUGUUUCAUUACUAUCUUUACAUCCAGAGAAAAAGAUAAUCAAAUUUGGUAUUUUAUUUUGAGGUUAUGCAUAGGUAAUGGCAUGUAAAGUAGGUCAAAUGAUCAUUGGUCAUUAUAAGACCUCAUUAACAGCCAUUUAUUCAAAUUAUUUCAUUGUAAAAUCUUUCUUUACUCAAUUGUGUGCCUACCUUCUUGAUAGGGGAAGUUGAAUAAUAGAAAAAAUCUCUUAUAAAAAGUAAUAAGUUAUGAAAUGAUGAUACUCCAAAAUAUAAAGACAAAUCUAUCAAUGUUUUUGUUUUUUUAACUCAACAGUUCCUCAAAAUGUACAAAUGAUGUAUUUGCUAAAAAAAAAAGUAAGAUAAACAUUCCUUUGGUAGAAUUUGGGCCAGAAUAUGACAAUACAUUUUGAAAAAAUUUUUUUUACAUUUUGUUGUUCUGUUGGUUUUUUUUGGUGGAAGGGCCCCUCAGGCAAAUUUUGCAUGUUCGAUAAUAGGAUGUGAUGUAACACGUCUUUAUUAUCUGUUUUUACUUGCAUGUGUUCAUUUCUGUAUUAUUUACAACAGUUUUAAAAUUUUAAAUUAAAAUGCUAUAUACCAGAGUUUUUAACAAUGGAGUGCGUCUCAGGUUGUGUUCAUUUUUAACUCAACUUUCCAUCAGCAUAGUAUAAUAAACAAUUACCCAAAUAAACAGUUACCAAUCCAAAUAAGUUGUCCAGAGCACUGUUCCCCAAGUGAGGCGCCACACAACAUUAAUAUUUAUGGACAAAAAAUAUAGGCCUAUACAUAAUAUUUCUGGAAUUGGUCCUUGGUACAAUUUUGAAAUUUUGCCAAACCUAACUUUUUUUAAAGUAAGCCAGAUAACCUCAUGCUAGACAGCCUCAAGGUACCUAUGCAAUUGGUCUAAAGUAAGCCAGAUAGUCUCAUGUUAGACAACCUCAAGGUACCUAUGCAAUUUGUCUAAAGUAAGCCAAAUGGUCUCAUGUUAGACAGCCUUAAGGUACCUAUGCAAUCGGUCUAAAGUUAGCCUCCUAGACAAUGGAAGGCUAACCAAAUACACAAUAAUGAGCUUGCUUGCUCCUGUAUUAAAAAAUCAUUAAACUUAAAGUUAUCAAGCUAAUUGUUAUUGUAACAGGGUAAAUCCAUAUUACUGCUUCACAGGUUGUGCCUUCAUUUCUAUCUUAAUAUUCAUUCUUUUAAUUACAAUAGCUGUUUUACUUUAUACAUUAUAAAAGCACUUUUUACAAGGGUCUCUACUCAUGUUUUUUUGACAUUUUCUCAAAACUCGCAUUUGAUCUGCUUGAAUUUUUCAUCAAAAAUCAUUUAGUUUAUAAUCCAUUAUAAGAUAGAUUGUUGAUAUGUAUUGCCAUUAAUGGAUAGAUGGUUGAUAGGCCUAUACAUUUAUAAUCCACUAACAGAUAGAGGCUUGAUAUAUACUUAGAAUCCACUAAUGGAUGAUAUAUAAUAAUUAUAUAUCUAUUUCUAAUCUGAUAUUCAGUGAAUGAGAUCCACUUUAUUUUAGUCAAAUUCUAUUUUCGAUAUAAUUCUACUGUCUCAAAGCAUUUUUCUUCUAACAAUAAAAAUAUGGAAGUAACAUAAGAACUUAGAAGUUUUGGUAGGAAAAAAAUAUAAUGAAUAGUUUAUAAAUUGUCUAUCUGCGGUGUAAUAGUCUAGUUUUUCUUUCUAUUUGUGGUUCACUGACAGAAAUUUUUAGGAUCAGGGGAAAAAAAAUUUUUUUUAAAUGGUGCCCCAAAACCUGCAGGAUCCUAGGAAAACUUCCAGCUUCCUUUUCCCUAAUAAUGGCCCUGUCAUCAGCCCUGUAACUAUUAAAACAUUAUCAAAAUGUUAAGUUUAUUGGAAUAUACUAAAUAUAUUAUAAUUUUUAGGUAAUUGAUGCUGUGUUCUGGCCAAUAGGAAGGGUGGAGCAGAGGAGGAUGGGGGCACCCUGGGCAGCACUUUUUUCUAUAUAUGUAGGGGCAACAUUUCCUGCAAACAGUAGAGUUUUUUGGGGAAGGUUACAAAAUUGUUGACUCAGCACUAACUCUAGCCACACCACUGAUGAUAUGCUGAUCUGUUGCACAUCACUUUAUGUUAUGUUUCCGUGGGUGCAUAUUGGUCGGGUGUGAAUCGUUUGAUGAGUUUUUGGUGUGCCCACAUUAUGGGCAACUAAUGCAAGGUGAGCUAGUGUACUUAUUAAUUAAUUUUGUUGCGUUUGUCUUUUUAUUUGUUUGAAUCUCUAUGUUGAAUUUAAUCUGUUAGAACUCUUUACGUAGCUGUUGAGAUGGGCUCCCAUUUUAAAAAUAUAGAAAAUCUAUAUUAUUAUUGUUGAUAGACAAAUUUAUCUGCAAGCUGUCCCAUCGUUGUUACCUUGUAAAAGCCAAACGACCAUGUUAGACUAGGGAAUAAUAGUUUCUUAUUAGAGGUACAUGAAAGUGUUUAGUGCAGAACUCGUCAGAUAAAUAGUUAAGCUGUAAAAUUAUAAAGCUGUAUAAAUAGCAGAAAUCUGGAAUUAAAAAAAGCCGGUUUUAAAGUCAUAUUACUAAAUGAAUCUAUUUUGUUCAGUGCUAGAUUGUAAAUUAAUUAUUUUUAGUAGACCAUGACUUACAUCACUAUUCUUCAAUUUUUACAUUCCCACUGACAAAAUAAUUACAUUUAAAUUUAUUCCUUUUACAAGUGUUUUAAUAUGAACAAACAACUUACAUUCCUUGUUUUAAUGCUCCCAUUGUUCCAAAGCUUCUAUUAUUCUAUUUCUCAGAUAUAUGUUAUUUUUUAAAGAAAUUAAACUAUUGUAACCAUCAUAGGAUCUUACACAAAGGAGUUUAACAUGACAACAUGAACUGAUUGUACUGUAGAAAUUAUCAUUUAAUUAUCGACUUUUGUCACUUGAAAUUUAACAUUAAAACAGACCAUGCU